GAGAGGAAAUUUGGGAAUUUUCAUUGGGAUUUUCUUUUUCCUGUUUUUACUCUUCCUUGGAUUCUGGUUUUUGUGAAGAAAAAUUAAAAAAAGUUGGUUGCUUUAUUGGAAUCUGAGCUUUAACUGUUGAUGGGUCUUUGCCAAGUCUCUCAAACUUCAAAAAUUUCAACUAUAUAAUAAAAUCUAAAUGUUAGGUCUUUUUUAGAUAGUUUUAAAUUCUGGGUUUCUCAAACUUCAGAAAUUUCAACUAUAUAAUAAAAUCUAAAUGUUAGGUCUUUUUUAGAGAGUUUUAAAUUCUGGGUUUUUCUUUUUUGGUUUUAAAAGGCAAAUCUUUUGAGUUUUUGGUUGGUGUUCUUGGUUAGAUAAAGGUUUCAUUUGACCAUGGAUUCCCCACAAUCAGUUGUGUCACCAUUGAAGAACACAGUUAUAGCUGAAUCUGGUGAGAAGCAAAAAUCCAACACAGAAGAAGCUGUUUUGUCCAAGAAAGACAACAACAUCCUAGGUGUUCUUGAAGUUUAUGUUCAUCAAGCAAGGGACAUUCAUAACAUCUGCAUUUAUCACAAACAAGAUGUGUAUGCUAAGCUUUGUCUCACCACUGAUCCUCAAACCACUGUUUCCACCAAGAUCAUCAAUGGUGGUGGAAGGAAUCCGGUGUUCAACGACAACCUCCGUCUCGAUGUUGGGAACAUCGAUUCGUGUCUUAAAAUCGAGAUAUUCAUGAUGAGUAGAGUGAAGAAUUAUCUUGAAGAUCAGUUAUUGGGGUUUGCAUUGGUACCACUGUCUGAAGUAAUACUCAAGAAUGGGAAAUUGGAGAAAGAGUUCUCCCUUUCUUCGACGGAUUUGUUUCAUUCGCCGGCUGGUUUCGUUCAAUUGUCGCUCGAGUAUAUCGGAUCAUCUCCCGAUGUAAUGACUAUCCCUAAUGUUGUUGUUGAUGAAACCGUUAAGGAUUCGGAAACGGAGGAGCUCGAAAAGAUCGAGUUCCCGGAUCCGAAAAUCGUUAACGAGAACCAAAUGAUGGUGUCCGAGUACUUUGGGAUCUCGUGUUCGAAUUUGGACUCCAAGAAUUCGGAAAUGGGUGUUAAUGUAUUGGAUUCAAUCCAAGUCCCUGAGCUUGAUUCUCCCCCAAGUAGUGUUUCCACCAAUGGGGUUUCCCUUUCAAGCUCCGAGUCUUCCGAUGGCGCUUCGAAAGAGAAAACCGUCGAUGUGGGUGACGGUGACAGCAAUUUAUCCGGGGCGAAACCGGUUGUUUCCGUCAAUAUCGAGCCUGAAAUGAAGGUGGUACAACAAGACAUAGUGGACAUGUACAUGAAAAGCAUGCAACAAUUUACCGAGUCCUUAGCUAAGAUGAAAUUGCCUUUGGACAUCGAUAGUGGACCGGCCAAAUCGGAGAAUUCGAAUUCGAGUACUACAUCCGAUCAGAAGACACCGGCAUCGAAAAAUUCCGGUAAUCGAGUGUUUUAUGGAAGUCGGGCUUUCUUUUAAAGCUUAUAUCUUCAUCUUUUGAAAAAAGGAAGACACAUAGGUGACUUCAGAUUUUUAGGAUGGUGACUUGUAAUAUGUUGUUUUCCUUGAUGGCAAAAAAUCAUGACAUUAUGACUCACUGUUACUACCUUUGUUUCACUGCAACUGCUCUUAGUUUAUAUAUAUAUAUAUAUGAACCUUUCCUUUUUUAUAA